CAGGUCAAGGGUCAGCUGCCAUGACAACCGUUUCAAAAUGGCGGCCCAGGAGAGUAUUUUUGCUGGCCUGAUCCCUACCGUGGCGGAUAUCACCAACAACCUGCCGUCCCUGCAGUUCGAGAGCGCGCUGACAGACGGCGAGAAACCUCUGCUCGUGCUGAGGGCCCGCUCACACGCCCUGACGGUGUGCGCGUGCGCGCAGGCCGCGUAUCUGGUGGCCAUCCUGAACGAAGCAAGGCAGCUUGUGGUGGAACUGCAGACGCCGGUGAGCCGGCACAGUAGGAGUUCGCGCCUGUUGCAUCAGGCCCCGCCCAGGAACCCCGUCCGUGUGGGGAUCAUCGGCGGGGGGCGGCUGGGCGGUCAGCUGGCGCAGGCCCUGCUGACCUACGGAGACGUGGAGCCACACGAGAUGGUCAUCUCCACCAGGAGACCAGAAAUACUCGUGAAACUCGAGGAGCAGGGCGUGACCUGUCUCUAUGACAACCGGCGGGUGGCGGCCUCCUGCGACGUGCUGUUCCUCUGCUGUCUGCCCUCACAGCUGAACGUUGUUGCGGAGGACAUAAAAGGUCGCAUCGCUGCCCACUGCACCGUGUACAGCUUCGUGAUCGGGGUGCCCCUCCCGCGCUUCAAACAGAUAUUCAGAUUUUCCAACGUGCUGAAGCCUGAGUUGAGCUGGAGAGACGACGGCCAGGCCAGCUGGGACGUGUCGAAGGACGUGUGCUCCUGCCUGGAGGACAGCCGGGUUGCCAGCCUCACCUGCCCCCUCCCUCCGCAACCAGAUGAGUGUCUGAUCCGUACGGGUGAGAAGUGGGCGGAGCUGGCGGUCUACAUCUUCCUGAACAUGUGCUCGGACCUGCAGCUGUCCUGGGAGCAGAGUCUGGACCUGGCCAACACGGUCAUCCUGGGGCAGACCAGCACGCACCCUGCCGCGGCCGCCUUCUCAACAGAGAACUUCACCAAGAACAUCGCCAACCCUGCAGCACCCUUCCCCAGAUUCGACCUCUCCCUAGUGACAGAGAACGACACGCCCUUGACGCGCUGUCUUAAGGAGAACCAGGGGGUCAGGAACCUUUUCUGCAAGAAGUACGUCUCCAUCUUCGACAAGUUCUACUACUGGAAGGGUAUCAAACAGGUCAAGCAGAAAAAACAGUGAAGACAAGAAACUGUGAUAGACUCUCAGCCAAGCCAUUGGAGUAGAAAGUCUUCCACUCAAUGUCAGAUGUACAUUUUGUAGAUAUAUUACGUGUCAGAAGACAUAUUUUUUCAGGGACCCACUAACCAAUGUAGUUGCCAAAGCGGGGAUCAUAUUUCCAUACCGGUGCCUGGCUGGGUGGUUUGGGGAACGAAAAUUACAAAACACACAAGAUGUGAAAAAAAGUU